UGCGUCAUCCGCCAUAACGUUGAUUGGGAUAAGUGAAAUCGUUUUGAAAGUAUUAUUAAGAAAACAGUGAUUUGUUUAGUGUUUCAUCUUUAAUAUUGUUUUUUAUAUGUGGAAACGGACAUGACUGAGUGGUACAGAAUGAAAACAGGACUAAACAACAAGCACAAUUCGUCUGAAUUGUCUGUCGAGACAUCUUGUGACAUGUCGGAUCCUUUUAACAUAUUUUCUGAUAAUUUGAGCCCGAUACCAGCGUCCAUUGUGCCUAGGAAGCUAGAUUUUAGUAAUCUGGACGAUGAUGACGGCAUCAGAGAUGAAUCCCAGGCGCCUGUAUCUCACAGCCCACCUUAUAAGAGAGUCAGAGCCUUGAGGUUGUUCGACAGUCCUCACACUCCAAAGACGCUCUUAGAGAAGUGUUCGACACCGACUCAUCAUCCGCCCAGGACGAGACUGUUCCCGCCCAAGAUCAACGUGCAAACAGGAAUGCCAUCAGGCUCGAGCCACCACCUCCAUCCGCCGUCUGGUGACGACGACAGCGCGCUCGGCAGUCUACCCCCGGACGAAUUGGACGAGUCCCGGCUGACCGUAAGGCGUCCUAUUGCCAACAUUAAUCCUUUCACGCCCGAUGGUCAAGCGUUAAACAAAAAGAAACGUGCGUUAUCCAAGACUCCGACCUGGGACGGCACGCCCGAGCAGCCGGCCAAAAGACUAAGGGAAUCGAAUAUAUCCCGUUACAACGUGGAGUUCAUAGAGCUGGGCGUCAUCGGGCGCGGGCAGUUCGGGCGCGUCACCCGGUGCGUCAACAAACUGGACGGCUGCGUCUACGCCCUCAAGCGCUCCCUGCGGCCCGUAGCGGGCUCCGCCGCCGAGCGCGCCGCCCUCACAGAGGUGUACGCGCACGCCGCUCUGGGAAAACAUCCGCACGUGGUCAGAUACUACUCGGCCUGGGCGGAGGACGAUCACAUGAUAAUCCAGAACGAGUACUGCGACGGAGGCUCCUUACAGCUGAAGAUGGAGGACGGGCCGCUGCCGGAGAGCGAACUCCUCAUACUACUCUCACACAUAGCUGCAGGACUCGCCUAUAUACACUCCCAGCAACUAGUACACAUGGACGUGAAGCCCGGUAACAUAUUCAUAUGCAGCGGUGACGUGGACGCCUGCAGGGAGUCAGACGACGGCUACGACGACGAGGAAUCAGCUCCUAAUCAUAAAUAUAAAAUCGGUGACUUAGGUCAUGUGACAUGUGUAUCUUCGCCCGCUGUAGAGGAAGGCGACUGCAGGUACCUACCCAAGGAAGUCUUACACGAAGACUUUUCGCAGUUACCUAAAGCUGACAUAUUUGCUUUUGGUUUGACGUUAUUCGAGGCAGCUGGAGGGGGACCAUUACCUAAAAACGGACAAAAAUGGCACGAUUACAGGGACGGAAAAUUACCAGAUUUGCCAAACUUGUCCAGAGAGUUCAAUGAUCUCCUCAAGAGCAUGGUGGACCCGUCUCCGAGCGCGCGUCCGUCAGCGCGUCGCCUACGUCGCAUGGCGUGGCGGGGCGGGGCGUGGCGCGGCGUGGCGGCGCCGAUCAAGUCGCGGGCGCAGCUACGGCGCGAGCUCGCCGCCGCCAACAUGAAGAACGAGUUGCUCGCCAGGAAGCUACACGAUGCUGCCAAAUGCAUCAAGUCGUUGACCCCCAGCCUCGAGUCCAGCAAGUUCCGGACGCGCUCCGCCGCCAAGAGGACGCAGAAGCCGCGAAUCGAUACUUGCCUCUCUGACUAAAUUAAGUAUGACGUCCCCGCUAGGGUGACGGUUGCCUGCGACAGCGCGAAUAGAACUUACCCGUUGUUCGUCACAGCUCGACAGCAGAAAGGGGUGUUCUCGUGGCAACUGCCAAUGCUGGUCCAGACCCCGGUAACCACGGAACAGUUCACUAGCAUAUCCAGAACCCUCUGCCCUCACAACAACAUGUUCGAUGAAGACGCCGAGGCCUGUGAUGCACCCUCCCUGAACACGCCUAUAGUCCACCUGACGUCGUCCUCGCCAGAACAGUUGAAAGUCACAAUUUUAGUGGAGAAAGUCCAAGAUUUCUACAUUAAAAUCAAUCAGACCAUCAACAUAACGGUCUCGCCGAGCCAGCCUAAAUACUACUUCUAUCCAUUCAAAAAGGGUUCAGGGAAAACGGUGAAUUUUGACGAGCAGAAAAUGCGUAAGGAGUACAUCUGUGGCGCGAGUGGUGGGAGGGGGCAUGGCGAGGUGCAGAGGAACGAGGUUGGGUAUGGGUGGCUCUCCCGACCCGAGAACGUCAUAGUCAUGAUCGAAUCCGACGACGAGCUUUGCGCCGUCGUCUCCAUACAGAACUUCUCGUGUCCCGUGUUCGACAACGAACGUGACAUACUGUACGACGGGUACUAUUUAACUAUGACGAGACGAGGAGGGAUCACGCUUACUCAAGACACGUUUCCGAUCGGCUUCUACAUAGUGUUCAUAGUCAAAACAUCGGACGAGGAUUGCAAGGAGCCGGGGACCAAUGGGUCCGUGCCCGCCGUGGCGCGUCUGCUGGGCUGGGGGGACAACAUCCAAGUCAGUAGCACGGAGGGUCGGGUCAAGAAUUUUAGGGUAGAUUCAUCUCACGCAUUGGGACUCUCCAUCUCCUUCCAGCAAGACACGUUUCCGAUCGGCUUCUACAUAGUGUUCAUAGUCAAAACAUCGGACGAGGAUUGCAAGGAGCCGGGGACCAAUGGGUCCGUGCCCGCCGUGGCGCGUCUGCUGGGCUGGGGGGACAACAUCCAAGUCAGUAGCACGGAGGGUCGGGUCAAGAAUUUUAGGUUCAAGAUCGUGGAGACGAUAUCGUACAGAGAGUACUUGAUAGCCGCCGGGGCCACUGUGCUAUUCUACGCCUCCUUCUACCUGGCCUUCUUCGUCUUCGUGCUCUACCAAAGCAGAAAGUCCACGGGAGUGGAGCACCAGGACCAGGAGACUAUAGUGAGGUCUUCACACGACAGUGAGGGGCAGAGCUCCGGAGAGGGUCCGUCCCUCCCACGGCCCACGGACGGAAGCUCCGUCGAUUCUCAGUCAGACACGGAGUCGGAGUACUCGACGCUGGACGACGUGACCACGGACAAGGAGCUGUACCGAUACGGCACGAAGCUGUGCCUGGCCGACCUGUCUAGGUGCCGCGCCCGGGUGCUCGCCACGCGCUCCAACCGGUACCUGUGGACCGUGCUCACCGUCUCCGUGUUCUACACGCUGCCCGUGCUGCAGCUGGUGGUCACCUACCAACGGCUCCUAAACCAGUCCGGGAACCAGGACCUGUGCUACUUCAACUUCUUCUGCGCACAUCCGCUGAUGAUGCUGUCCGACUUUAACCACGUGUUCUCGAAUCUGGGCUACGUGGUGCUUGGGGCUCUGUUCCUGCUGCAGGUCUGGAGGAGGCAGAGGAUCAUGAGAAACGAACCAGAGGAAAAGAAACAGAAAGGCAUCCCCCAGCACUUCGGGCUGCUGUACGCGAUGGGCGUCGCCCUGAUUAGCGAGGGCUUUCUGUCGGCUGCCUACCACGUCUGCCCCAACAGCAUGAACUUCCAGUUCGACACGUCGUUCAUGUACGUGACGUCAGCGCUCUGCAUGGUGAAGAUCUACCAGUCCCGGCACCCCGACAUCAACGCAAGAGCACACGCCACUUUCGGGGUCCUGGCGCUCAUCAUAUUUAUAGGUCUGGUGGGUGUGCUCAACGCGAACGUUUACUUCUGGGUGGCCUUCACCGCGCUACACCUCCUCACCUGCUUCUUCAUUACCUUCCAAAUAUACUACCUGGGCAGGUUUAAGCUGGACAUGGGGUGGGUGAGGGCCGCGAGCCGGGGGGCCGCCCUCCGCCCCUCGCGCGGUCUCAUGCUGCUGCUCGCCAACCUGAUCAACUGGGGGCUCGCGGGAUACGGGGUAGCGCAGCACUCGCGGGACUUCGCCUCCCACCUCCUGCUCGUGCUGAUGACCAACCUGUUCCUGUACACGCUGUUCUACAUCGUGAUGAAGCUGCUGCACCGGGAGACCAUCACCUGCUACACGUGGGUGUUCAUAGUCCUGACGUACUCGAGCUGGGCCGGGUCUAGCUACUUCUACCUGGACCAGAACACCAAUUGGGCGCUCAGCCCGGCGCAGUCCCGGGAGCGCAACGCGGCGUGCAGCGUGCUGCGACUGUUCGACGCGCACGACGCUUGGCACGCGAUGUCCGCCGUCGCCAUGUUCCUUUCCUUCAACAUGUACCUCACGCUGGACGACGGGCUGGCCGGAGCCGACCGCGCGCGCGUUCCCGUGUUCUGAGCCGCCGCCUCCCACGCGGGCCCCCACCGACCCCCACGCGCCCCCACCGGCCGUCCAGCCACUAAUUGCCCGCUCUCUCAAUUGUUUAUAAUAAAUGAUAAUUCUUUAAAGAAUUAUAAAUCGUAAUUUAAUCGAUAGACUUAUGAUUUUAUUUAAACGAAUUUAAAUUAAGUAAUUACUAAUGAUUAAUUUUAUUGUAAAUUAUUAGGAUCUAAUAUUUUUUUAGUUGUGAUUUAUUGUAUAUUUUUAUUUUUAGAACACUAAGAGUUGAGUGAUUUGUAGAUUUGUGGAUGCGCAGUAAUGCUCAAGAGUAUAAACCAAAGCUUAUGGAAAUUAUUGUAAUCAUAUACUUAAUUGAGAUUAGUUUAAAAUGAUAUGUAUACGUGUUCGACUAUGAGGGACCACGCAGGGGGGGGCGGGGGACGCCAGGGGAGGGGGCGCGAGUUAAGCCGUGUGUGUGACGUCAUUAUGGUGCUUUCUUAUUUCGUAAACUAUUUUACAAAAGUUUAGAAGUGUAUAUUUCGUAAUUGUGCUUAAAUUAUAUGAAAGUUGGAACUCUGGGCCAUGCCUCAAUGUGGCAAGAUCGUAACUGCUUGUUAAAUAAAAUACUUUGGUACUGUUGAUGUUUGGUCCUACCAUAGACAGUUACAAUUAGAGAGCGCCAGUCCGUGGACGCCCGCCCUCGCGCGUCUCACGCGAAGCUGGUGUGGUCUCCGGGCGACGCCUCUUGUUGUUGUUGAAGUACGAAUGGCGUUUAUUUUUCUCCUUUUUUUUCUACUGCCUUUAAAUUAUUAAUUGUACGGUACGAAACAAUCGUGUUGUAAUUUUGAUGAAAGUUCUUAUUAUCUAUAUUUCGUAUUAUGAAAGACUCGCUUGUGAUCUUAAAAAGUAAUAAAAAGUUUU